UGUGUGUGUGUUAUUGUGGCCGAGAGAUUCUUCUCUUCAAGUUGUCUUUGUUUUCAACAAAAUCAGCCACACAAAAUAAACUGAAAAAUAUGUUGCUCACAUAGAGCUGAUAGAACGCGACAAAUUAGCAGCCGCUGCAAAGCCGACGAAAAAGACGAAAUACCUAAAAAAAAGAAAUCGUAGCAGAAAGGCUGAACGGCAAACUCAAAAUUGUAACUUACUCACACAUACACACGCGCAGAGAGACGGACACAGACACCUCGAAUUCUGAACGCGCUCUGGACGAGUCAUACGCACGUAUACAUACAUGCAUGUGCGCGCCUGUGUGUGAAGAUUGUAUAUGUGUGUGCGCAUGUGUGCACAAUGACCACCCAGCGAACGCAUCGAAAUGCCAACAGUAGCAGCAGCAGCGGCGGUGGUGGUGGCACGGUGGGGAGUCUCGGCUCGGAAGCGGACUACGAGACACUGAUGCAGCGCCUCAACAUUUCCAGCUAUCAGCGCUCGCCCGGCGCAAUUGAACACUUUAUGCACGAUGCACAACAACAGCAGCAGCAGCAGCAACAACACCAUUCACAGCAGCCUCGCCUGCCCAGCAGCGAGGAUUACAAGCUGUAUGAGCGCGGCAACAUAAUAGCCGCCUCAAAAUAUGCAACGGCAACGGCAACGCCCAAGCCACACGGCGGCGGCAGCACCAGCAUCGACCUGACAAUGCAGCACUUGGGCAAUGGUAGCAGCAAUAAUAGCAACACAAGCCACAAUAGCCACACAAACUCACCGCUAAUCUAUGCACCCACGGCCCAGGUGCUGGGUCAGCGCAUUGUGCCCCAAAAGCAUUCGCCGGUGUAUGAGAAUCUCGAGUUUUAUGGUCAGUUCGAUACGAAUCAGAAGCGUGCCCAGCCGCAGAGCCCGGCCAGUCGUCAGAGCGUCAUGCUGAACGAUUAUCUGCUCAUGCAGCCGAUCGGCGGCGGUCGGUUUGCGCACACACCCGUCCCGGAGGCGCCCAAGCAUCACCAGGCACACACGCACACACUCUCUCACACACACGCACAUGGGCACAGCCACAAUGCCAUCGAGGAGCUGCAGUCGUCGCAGGUGGCGCCCAUUUAUGAGAAUAUUAUACCGCAUUCCGGGCAACGUGCCCAGCCGCAGGCAUCCCCCGCAACGGCAACAAUUUAUCAGCACACAGAGAUGGCGACGCCGACGCCCCAUCAGGUGGCCGAGAUGAAUGCGUUGAUGCUGUCAUCUCCGCUCCAUCAGCGCAGCAAUAGCAACAACAACAACCAUAACAGCAGCAGCUCUGGUGGACUGGGAUCACCCACACAGCGCUAUCGCAAUCUAUCGCUGCCCAGCCACCUCAGUCCAAUGGGCUCGCCGGUGCCGGCACCGCUGGCCAAGCUGCAGCUCCAACAGCACACGCCCAUCAAAAAUCAGCAGCAGCAACAGCAUCAGCAGCAACAUCCACACGGUGGCAUUAAUGUGUCCGUCAAUCCGAACUACAUUGAGGACAUCAACAGCUCCGAUUAUGUGUGCAUGACUGCCAAUUUGCAUCGCAGCAGCAACACGGCCAAGAGUCGCAGUCCCAACAAUGUUCGUCUCACGGCAAUCAGUCCACAGCCGCCGUUGCCACCGCCACCGCUGGUCACCGCCACCAUUCAGACGACGACGACGAUGGCAACAACGUCAGCAGCAGCCCAAACACAGCCGAUGCAGCUGCGUGCCACGCCCAUGGCAACGACAGCCCCACUCGUUGUCGCCACAUCCCCAACGCCCUCGCAGAGCAGCACAGGUCUGACCAAGAAUCUGCUGCCAUACAGCGUGACACCGCCGCGCCCGGCUGGUCCGACAGAGGCGCAGCGCAAAAUAGAGGAAUUGACGCGCCAACUGGAGGAGGAGAUCGAACAGAGCGAGGAGCAUGGCGAAUACUUUGGCAUUUGCCACACCUGCGGCGAGAAGGUGAAGGGUGCUGGCCAGGCCUGCCAGGCCAUGGGCAAUUUAUAUCACACAAAUUGCUUCAUUUGCUGCUCCUGCGGACGAGCGCUGCGUGGCAAGGCAUUCUACAAUGUGCACGGGCGUGUCUACUGUGAGGAGGAUUACAUGUAUUCGGGCUUUCAGCAAACGGCUGAGAAAUGCGCUAUUUGUGGCCAUCUUAUUAUGGAAAUGAUUCUGCAGGCCAUGGGCAAGUCAUAUCAUCCGGGCUGCUUUCGCUGCUGCAUCUGCAACGAGUGCCUCGACGGCGUCCCAUUCACCGUCGAUGUGGAUCACAAGAUUUACUGUGUCAACGAUUACCAUCGCAUGUUUGCACCCAAAUGUGCCAGCUGCGGCAAAGGUAUUACGCCCGUGGAGGGCACCGAUGAGACGGUGCGCGUUGUGUCCAUGGACAAGGACUUCCAUGUGGACUGCUAUAUAUGCGAGGAGUGCGGCAUGCAGCUAACCGAUGAGCCGGACAAGCGCUGCUAUCCGCUGGAUGGCCGACUGCUCUGCCGCGGCUGUCAUCUGCAGCGACUGGCGUUGCAAUCCUCGCCGCACACGCGCCACCAGGAGCCGGUGUGUGCCUCCUAUCAGUAUAUGGGCUGAGCUGAAGCAAUCCUCCCACAACUCCACACUCCCCCACCCUCCGACUGAUGCAUCAUAAACAAUUUGUUCGCACAAAAUAACACACACAGAGAGACACACACACACACACACACAAUAAAAUAUACACAGAUAUUUUCAAUUUUCCAAAUACCAAUUAUAAUCUUUUUAAUAAAAGAGAACAUUUCAUAAAAACAAA